AUGGCCAUUCUCGGUGAUUCAUGCGAUGAAAAUGAAAACGCAUGCGAAGGAUACUAUGAUCGAGUUCCUAAAAACCAGUGCAUUUUCGACGAGGAGUUCGGUCUACUCCGACACACCACCCGCAAGACAUUCACCAAAAAUAAACUCGCCAAAAUGCGUCAUGCCAAAAAAUACUUCCAUCCAAGAAUUCUCCUGGACUUCUUUCCGAUACUCAAAUGGCUGCCUCAUUACGAUAUUAAAACGAGUCUUCUUAAUGACAUAAUCGGUGGACUUACUGUUGGGAUCAUGCACGUUCCACAAGGAAUGGCGUAUGCAUCAUUGGCUGGUGCUCAACCGGUGAAUGGACUCUAUACCUCUUUAUUUCCAGCACUCUUCUAUAUGUUUUUCGGCACAUCAAGACAUGUUUCCUUAGGUGUGUUUGCAGUAGUAAGUCUAAUGGCCGGUAGUUGUAAUCAACGUGUAUCGAAUAUUCUGGAAAGAAAAGCUGAUAACGGAAGUCUAAUAAGCGAAUUUGACGAUGAAAUGAAAAUUGAUACGUCAAUUGCAAUACUUACAUCGCUUACAUUGUGUGUCGGUUUAAUCCAGAUUGCAAUGGCAGUUCUUCGACUUGAUUUCCUCACAGCGCUACUUUCUGAUCAGAUUAUUUCCGGGUUUACUACGGGCGCUGCAGUACAUGUUUUUACUGCUCAAUUGAAUAAGAUCCUAGGAGUUCCCCUGCCACGGCGUAGUGGAGCGGGAAAGCUUUUCUUUGUGUACAAAGACUUACUAGACAGUAUUAUCGCUGGAUAUGUGAAUUGGUUCACUUUCUCUAUAUCGAUGGGCACUAUAAUUACGCUAUUCCUCAUAAAAUCGUAUCUUGAUCCACAUAUUCGAAAGAGAUGUCGUAUGCCGAUUCCGUACGAUUUGUUUGUAAUGAUCAUAGGGACAGUUGUGUCGGCUGUUGCAAAUCUACGCGAGCGUUUCAAAGUGAAAGUCAUAGGACAUAUACCGACCGGGAUGCCAUCUCCAUCUUUUCCUGAUGUCUCACUUUUCGGUUACGUACUUGGUGAUGCGCUUGCGAUUGCCGUAGUUAGUUUAGUGGUUACUGUUUCUAUGGGGAAAUUAUUUGCGAAAAAACACAGCUAUGAAGUUGACAUUAGACAGGAAUUUUAUGCGAUGGGUUUUAUGGAAGUGUUGUGUUCAUUAUUCCCGGUUUGGCCAUCAUCCACAGCACUUGCUCGAACCUUAGUUUACGAAGCUGCAGGCACAAAAACACAGCUUGCCACCGUAUUUUCUUCUUUGCUGCUUCUUGCAGUCAUAUUCUACAUAGGACCAUUUGUUGAAGUGCUUCCCGUUUGCUUUUUAUCCUGUAUUAUCAUUGUCGCUCUUAAAGGAAUGUUUAUGCAAUUGCAAAAUAUAAAAACCUUAUGGCCGAUAUCAAAAGCAGAUUGUGCGAUUUUCAUUGUAAGUUUUGCUGCCACGGUACUUUACGACGUUGUGGAAGGUUUAAUGAUCGGUGUAUGUUUUGCUGCAGCACUACUUAUCUACGCGAUACUGAGUGCGAAAGUGGUUGAAAUCGGUCGUUUAAGUCACAACGAAGGACACACAUAUUUUCAGCCUAUUGAAAAGUACAGAGAUGCCGCUAUUAGCGAUGGAGUUUGUUGUGUACGUUUUUCGGCUCCUCUUGUGUACCUGAAUGCUGAACAUUUCAAGAAGAGUGUUGAGGAGAUAGUACGACUUCCAACACUGGAACGAAGGAGAAGAAAGGGUGAAAAUGAGCGAGAAAAAUCCUUAAGAAGCAGUCGAAAUGAGUCCGGAACAACACUAAGAAGUAUUAAAGUGGUGACACCGGAUGAUCUACAAAAGAAACAGUCGGUGGUCGAAACGAAACACAUCCCGAUCAAUGCGAUAGUAAUCGAUUUGUCAACAGUCGCUUAUGUGGAUGUUACGGGGGCUAACUGUCUCAUUGAGAUAUUCAACGAGCAACAAAAGAAAGGUGUUAGUGUGUUCUUUGCAGCCGCACCGUUGGAAGUACUUGAACGACUACAAUGCGCUCUGGGAUCCACAGAUAAGGAUAUCCUCUCGCAUUUCUAUCCAUCAAUCGAUGAUGCUCUCGACAACAUCAAUUCACCGCAAACUAAAAAUUGA